AUGGUCUCUACAACUCGUGGUCAGAGUUCGGCUCGACGUCGCACUUUACGAAGCUGGCAACAUUGGAAGCCAUUCGUCUCGCCGCCAGUUACGUCGCGCAAACAUACACCCGAGAAGUCUCGCAAGGCGCAUCAGUUACGUCAAAAGAACAAGAGCGUGCGCACCGGGUUGGUCAAUCGCUUGCCUUUGGAGAUCCUAGAAGAAAUCAUUAUUCAGAUCGACGCACGUACCAUCUUACGCCAUUCAGCAGAGGCUUGGCUUCCAGUCAAGGCCAAAGUCGAAGGCCAUUCAAAUCAACCCAUUCAUAAGAAUCAUGAGCAGAUAUUUUUAUAG